AUGGCUGAAAAGAAAGCUGCAAUUCUUCCCAGUUGUCAUAGCUUAAAGCAGCAAUCGAUGACGGCCAUGGCAGAACUGCCAAAUACAACCGGUAGAACACCUGGUUAUAAAGCACAACUUGAAGGGCCAUCCUAUAGCGCUACCAAUGGAACUUGUAUUCAAUUUUGGUACUAUAUGAAUGGCUCCGAUACCACCGCUUCGUUGAAUUUUUAUGCUGCAACAUUCUCCUCCAACGGAAUUGCAUUAUGGAGUAUGACUGGAUCACUUGGAAAUCAAUGGAUUAAUGCAUGGGUUACCGUUAAAGCCAAUUAUCGUUGGAUACCUGCUUUUGAAGCCGUCGUUGGUAAUGGCGCCAAACAUACAAUCGCUGUUGAUGAUAUUAGAAUUGUAAAUGGCGCAUGUCCUCCACCUGGAAGUUGUACCUUCGAAAAUGGCUUAUGUGCCUAUUACAAUAGUUUAUUGGAUAGUUUUAAUUGGAUCAUUACUAGUCCUAGUCUGCCAGGCUUUACUGGUGGGCCAACAACUGAUGUUACUACCCAAAAAAAUACAGGCUCCUAUAUUUAUGCUAAUUCAACUACUCCUUCCGGUGUCACUACUACACAGUUUGCUCGAUUUUAUAGUGAAUAUUUGCCAAUUACUGCUGGCCAAUGUUUAAGCUUCUGGUACUAUGUUAAUGGUGCUAAUCCUGGCGAUUUAACCGUCUACAUCAGACGACGCAAUACUGGUCGAGUUUACUACCUUAGCCAAAUUAAAGGAGCUCAAGGGAAUCAAUGGAAGCAAGGUAAUAUUACUAUUCAUAGUAUAACAACAGCCUACCAGAUUAUUUUUGAAGCCAAAAGGAGUCCUGGUAUGUCUGGAAAUUUCGCCAUCGAUAAUAUCAUAUUCACUCCUGGUCGCUGCGCUGUCAACAACUUGCCUAUUGUAACACCAUCACCAGCACCACAGUUACCUUAUGGAUGCACAUUUGAGACAGGUGUAUGUAAUUAUACGCAACCAUCGGAUACUUCACUAAAAUGGAGGCGUUUCAGAGGCUCAACAACAAGUACUGGUACAGGACCACGACAUGAUCAUACCACCGGCAAUGGCUACUAUAUGUAUAUUGAAUCAUCAUUUACACAACCUAAUCAAGUAGCUAUUUUACAACCACCGACUGUACAAGCUCACCCUACUACCUUCUUUUGCUUCCAAUUUUGGUAUUGGAUGCAUGGCCAAAGCGUUAACAUGUUAGAUGUUUAUGCUAGCAAUGACGAAGGUGCUCGACAUCUUAUUUGGAGUCGUUCUGGGCCACAAGGUGACAAGUGGAAGAUAGCACAACGAAAUAUUAGGACUGGUAUUCCCUAUAACUUUACAUUCGAGGGUUACACCGGUGCAAACUUUUUAGGCGACAUUGCUAUUGAUGAUGUCCAAUUCUUAGAUAGACCUUGCGUAUUAUAUAACGAUGAAUGCGAUUUCCAAGAAGGUUGGUGUGGCUGGCUUCAAGAUCAGGGAGAUACAUUUAAUUGGACAAGAAAAAUAGGUCCAACAGGAACUCCUAAUACAGGACCUAGUGUAGAUCAUACAUCGCGAUCACCUACAGGUUAUUACAUCUAUGCUGAAUCCUCGACACCACAGCGACCUGGUAGUCGAGCGCGAAUUAUCAGUCCACUCAAAGCUUCAACCAGUGGAAAUUGCUUACAGUUCUGGUACUAUAUGUACGGAUCCACUGUUGGUCUAUUAAAUGUUUACAUGUUAGCAGCUGGUCAAAGUCAAUUAACUACUCCUCUAUGGCAACGUUUUGGCAAUCAAGGUGCAAGAUGGCAAAUUGGUCAAGUUACUCUGAGGAGUCCAAAUGCCUAUAGAGUUGUAUUCGAAUCAGUGGUUGGCAACGGAAUAUUUGGUGAUGUUGCACUAGACGAUAUCGCAUUCUUGCGCCGACCAUGCCCUCCACCUGGCAGUUGCGAUUUCGAAAAUGGCUUAUGCACAUGGAGUAAUGUCGAAGGUGCAGCUGAUCAAUUUGAUUGGGAAAUUACAUCAGGCGCAACAAAUAGUAUCGCUACUGGUCCACAAAGUGAUCAUACUCUCGGUACUAAUAAAGGCCAUUAUGCAUAUAUCGAAACAUCAAAUAGUCAAAUUGCUCCGCGUGCAAAAGCGCAAUUAAUUAGUGAGAUUUUUAGACCGACUGGAAAUGCAAGAUGUUUACGAUUUUACUUCCAUAUGAGAGGUACUACGGUAGGUGCUUUAUCUGUAUUUAUGCUUGGUGACGGUUUCCAAACACUAUUAGCUAACGUUAUCGGCCAACAAGGUAACGUAUGGAUACAGGGUCAAGUGCAAUUUACUGCUACAACCUCUUACCAGAUUAUAUUCCAAGCUACCAAAGGCAAUGGAUUUACAGGUGAUAUUGGGCUAGAUGAUAUUUCUUUCUACGAUGGCGUCUGCAAUGGCACUGUUCUACCACCACCGAUACAACCGACAGCUGUGGUUAGCAAUUCACCGUAUAAUUGUAACUUUUCUAACGGUAAUCUUUGCUUAUGGAAACAAUCGACGAAUGACAACUUUGAUUGGUCUUUGCGAAAAGGAAGUACAACAAGUGUAGGACUUGGGCCACAAUACGAUCAUACAUCAGGCCUUGGAUAUUAUCUCGAUAUCGAUAGUACUAGCAUCACUGCCACUAAUUCAAGUACAGCACCUUAUGCAGAUAUUUAUAGUCCAUUCAUUGCUCCAACAUCUGCAACAUGUUUCCGCUUUUGGUAUCAAAUGUACGGCGAAAAAGUCAAUACAUUAGAAGCAUUUAUUGAUAGAGAUUAUUCCACGUCCAAUAUAUCAAGGAUAAUGAUUUGGAGACGACAAGGUAGUCAAGGUAACCUAUGGCAAAAAGCUCAAGUAACAGUAUCAAGUGGAGUAUCCUACUCUAUUCGUUUACGUGGUAUUGCUGGCAAUAAUUUCCAAGGUGAUAUUGCUGUCGAUGAUAUUUCCUUCACACCAGGAGCUUGUCCACCAUCGGAUGUUUGCGAUUUCGAAGCAACCAACAAUGGAGUAUGCGGCUGGACUAACGAUGUUACUGAAAAAGCUCAAUGGUAUAUUGGCAGCAAUGGUACACCUACUCAAGGCACUGGACCCGCCACUGAUCAUACAACUCAAACAUCAUCAGGCCAUUUCCUAUAUAUUCAUGCUGGACUUGAAUUCAGAGGCGAUAAAGCACGAAUCCAAAGCCCUGUACAAUCUCCAGGCUCACGUUGUUUAUCAUUUUGGUAUCAUAUGUCUGGUAAUAACAUUGGUAUCCUUCAAGUCCUAAUUAGGUUCUUAAAUAACGCUGGAACAGGCACAUUAAGUAAUCCACGCUGGAGGCGUACUGGUAAUCAAGGUAAUCAAUGGUUAUAUGGUAGAGUUACGCUUAGAAGUUAUAUAUCCAGCUGGAGAGCAGUCUUUGAUGCCAGUGUCGGAAAUGGAAUCCAAGGUGAUAUAGCCAUAGAUGAUGUUGGUCUUACAGCAGGUGCCUGUCCCGGACCGGCCGAUUGUGAUUUCGAAUCAAGCUUAUGUACUUGGGCCAAUUCCUUAAGUAAUGAUAUUAAUUGGAUCCGAGGUAGUGGUGAUACCCCUAGUGCUAAUACUGGACCUUCAAUUGAUCAUACUCUUGGUACACGCUUUGGUCAUUACAUGUUUAUACAAAGUAGUAAUUUACUUAACACUCAGUUUGCUGUUAAUGGCAAAGCACAACUUGUCAGCACUCAAUUCUUACCCAUAACUGCAGCAUGUUUCAGCGUUUGGUAUAAUAUGUAUGGUGAGAACAUUGGUACAUUAUCGGUAUCUCUUAAUCGAAAUGGUGCAAUAUCGGUUAUUGGUCAAAUCUCUGGUAAUCAAGGCGUAGGUUGGAAGCAUGGACUAGUUACUAUCAGUAGCUCAACUAUCUUUAGAAUUAUCGUUCAAGCUACAACAGCAGGUGCUAGUUCAGGUGAUAUUGCCAUCGAUGAUUUCUCAGUAUCAUCAGGUAUUUGCUCCACUAACUGUUAUAACGGCAAUGGCAAUAGCUAUCGUGGUACAUCAUCUCGUACAAAAUAUUCUACUACAUGCCAAAAUUGGAAUCUGCAAAGUCCUCACCCACACAGCAUUGUGCCGAGUAAUUAUUCAGCAAUGGGUAUAGGAAAUCAUAAUUAUUGCCGUAAUCCUGAUAAUAAGCCAGGUGGUCCAUGGUGUUACACAACUGACCCCAGUAAAAUAUGGGCAUACUGCAAAGUGCCUCAAUGUGGACCUGAACUCCCACCACCAAGUAAUAUUGUACCAUUGAAUGGGCCAAAUGAUUGCAAUUUUACUAACGGUUUUUGUAGUUGGACUAAUCAACCCAACACACCUCUCCAAUUCAUAAGACGAAAUAGCUCAACUCCAAGCUUUGGUACAGGACCAACUGGCGAUCACACUACUGGAAAUGGCUACUAUAUUUAUAUUGAAGCAACAGGUGCAAGGAAUAAAGACUAUGCAAGGCUUGUUAGUCCUAGUCUCACUGCAUCAUCAAGUCGUUGCCUGUACUUUUGGUAUAGUAUGUACGGAGCUGAUGUCGGUACUCUCAAUAUAUAUCUCCGCCAAAGCAAUAAAGAUACACUUGUUUGGUCGAAAUCAGGUACUCAAGGAACUCAAUGGUUAUCAGGCAAUCGACAAAUUAGUAGUACAACUCCAUAUCAACUUGUUUUCGAAGCAGUUCGAGGUAACGGAUUUCAGAGCGAUAUUGGUCUUGAUGACAUUGCAAUCAAGGAUGGUGAAUGUCCUAGAACUGUCGAUUGCACUUUUGAGAUCAAUACCUGUCAAUGGAUGCAAGAUAAAGCUAAUGCAUUUAACUGGACUCGUGCCAAAGGUGGUAACGAUAAGCAAGGAUCUGGACCACCAACAGAUCAUACAACAAAUACAGCAACCGGUUAUUACAUGUAUGUAUCAUCAUAUAGUAAUCCCAAUGCUAAAUCACGUUUAGUUGGGCCGAAAUUUCCACCAGCUGCUACCGCUCAACUUAAGAAGUGCUUGGUAUUCUACUAUCGCAUGACUGGUAAUGCAGGUACACUCAAAGUAUACAGUAAAGAAAAAGGUACCUUAAGUAGCGCAGUAUGGAGUCAAAGUGGUAACCAAGGUACGACAUGGAAUAUAGCUCAAGCUACACUUAGUGGAUUAACUAGUCCAUGGCAAGCGGUUAUUGAAGCAAGCACUGCCAGUGGAGAUGGGAACAUUGCUAUUGACGACUUACAAUUCCGCGAUGGAGCUUGUCCACCACCAGGCAAUUGUAAUUUUGAAAACGGUCUUUGCACUUGGACAAAUGUUAGAACUGGAGAUACCUUUGACUGGACCGUUAAUCGAGGUAGUACACCUUCAUUCUUUACUGGACCAUUUACUGAUCACACACUAGGAACAUCGGCGGGUAAAUAUAUGUACUUGGAAGCAAGUAAUGUUAACACUAGUUCGAAAGCUAUUUUACAAAGUCAAAUGUUGCCCCCAACUACUUCUCGCUGCUUCAGCAUGUGGUAUCACUUCUAUGACCUCUUCACAAGCUCCAAUAAGGUAGGAAGUCUAUCGGUCUAUAUAAAGAGGCAAGGUAGCCAAUUUGGUACAUUAUUAUGGAUUCGUAACCAACUUGCAUCCUCAAGAACAUGGCAAAAUGUCCAGAUUGUAUAUUCUAGCACUCAACCUUACGUUAUUCAAGUCGUCGGUGUGGUAGGUCAGGUGAAAGUAGAUAUUGCUAUUGAUGAUCUAUCAUUCUUGGCUAAUUGUAGUAGCUCAUCGCAGCCAACUCCAACACCAACUCAACCUGGUCCAACACCAACCUUGCCACCAACAUUAUUCGAUUGUAACUUUGAGAAUGGUUUCUGCAAUUGGCAACAAGAUGUUGCUACCGAUACUUUCAAUUGGACUCGGAAUCAAGGAUCUACAUUUUCCUCUUCAACCGGACCUUCUGUAGAUCAUACCUUAAAUAGUAAUCGAGGUUGGUACGCUUAUUCGGAGGGCUCCUCUAGAAAUGCAAACGAUCGUGCUCGCUUAAUUAGUGCUUCAAUUCCUCCAAAUUCUCCUACUGCAUCUAUGUGCUUCCAAUUUUGGUACCAUAUGUAUGGCGAAGAAAUUGGCACUCUAAAUUUAUAUAUCAAAGUAGGAAAUAAUUAUGGACCUGGACCAUUGUGGACUAGAAGUGGCAAUCUUGGAAAUGUCUGGCGCCAUGCCGUCCUUGAAUUUACUCGACCACAACCUUUCCAAUUAGUAUUGGAAUCGACACAUCCUUAUGGUUUUUCUGCUUACCAAAGUGACAUUGCCAUCGAUGAUCUCAAGUUCAACUAUCAAGGGUGCCCACCACAACCAAUAUGUGAAUUUGAACUGCCAACCCUUUGCGGAUACUCUCAGGAUAUCAGUGAUAUGUUUGACUGGUCUUUUGGUAAUGGUAACAGUAGCAACGGUCUUGGCCCUGCUAUCGAUCAUACCUUAGGAACUCAAUUUGGCCAUUACAUUUAUGCAGUCAUGGAAAAUCAACAAUUAAAUGAUUAUGCACGCUUAGAAUCACGCCAACUUCCACCGACUAGGCCAAAAUGUCUCAAGAUCAAUUAUGUUGCUUUUGGAUCUGGUGUUGGAUCCAUCAAUAUCUAUACGAAGAGUUUUGGUAAAUUGAAUAAAAUCUGGACUAGAAGUGGCACUCUACUAAGUAAUUGGCUAGUUUCUCAAGUAACUAUUUCAAGUGGCACAUCGUACACAAUAGUACUUGAGGCUGUACGCGGAUCCGCUAAUGUUGGUAUUUUAGCUCUGGAUGAUAUUGGCACAACAGACGGUGCUUGUCCUGCACCUGGUAGUUGCAGUUUCGAAAGUGAUUUAUGUUCAUGGUCGAAUACUCAGGUAGGAGAUAAUGCUGACUGGCAGCGUUGGAAGGGACCAACUCCAACAUCUUCUACCGGUCCAGUGGUUGAUCAUACGCUAGGCACUCCACAAGGUUAUUAUGCUUUUAUGAAUGCCGAUAAUCUCCGUCCUGGUAACAAAGCACGACUUAUGAGUGAAGUAUUCCCAGCAUCAAGUGGGCGAUGCUUGACUUUCUGGUAUUUUAUGUAUGGUCAAAAUAUGGGCAGCUUGAAUGUUUUGUGGAUGUAUGGCAAUAGUGCUAGCCAAUUAUGGAAUAUUAGUGGAAAUCAACAACACUACUGGAAAUAUACUCAAAUCAGUGUUCCAAGUAACACUCAAGCAUAUCAACUAGUAUUCGAAGCUGUAAGAGGUACAUUUAGGCAAAGUGAUAUUGCUAUUGAUGACAUCAGCAUCUAUAAUGGUGCCUGCCAACCUACUACGCCAACUCCAACUCCAAAUUCUUGUGCAUUCCGUUGCAAGGAUGAUAAUUCUUGUGUUGCAUCUAAUAAGAUAUGCGAUUACAUCUCAGAUUGCAAAGAUUCAAGCGAUGAAGCAAAGUGUGGUCGAUGCAACUUCGAAAGCGGUAUUUGCGGAUAUACAAUUGGCAAUGAUGGCGAAUACAAAUGGAUACGAGGACGUUAUGGCUCACCUGCUUCACAAAAAGUACCAUCUAUCGAUCAUACAUUAGGAUCAGCAAUAGGGUAUUACUUAGCAUUAGCAGACGAUAAGGCAUUCUUUGGGCCAGCUAAAUUUACUAGCCCUAAGUUAAGCCCAACUGGUUCAGCUUGUGAAAUACGAUUUUGGUAUUCCAUAAGUAACAGUGUCUCCUCUAGUGUUACUGGUUCAGUUGAGCUAUAUAUGAAAGAAGACCCGGCACCUAAAACGCAGUUAGCAUCUGUUACUGGCAUUACUACUAAUACAUGGAAGCUUCAAACUGUUUAUUUCGGUGCUAGAAGUAACAGUUUUCAACUUACUUUUGAAGGAGAUAAUUCAUUCUUUAGUCCAUCUAAUAUCGCUAUUGAUGACAUUUCCUUCUAUGAAUGCAAAUUACCGCCAAUUCAACCAACAUGUAGCUCUAGCUUAUUUAGAUGUCAACGAGGCUCCUGUAUUCCAACCAAUACAAUCUGCGACUUUACAAAUAAUUGUGGUGAUUCUAGCGAUGAAGUCAAUUGCAAUACACUUGGAUAUACACGUUGUGACUUUGAACAAGGCUUAUGCACUUUUGUUCAAUCUAAGAGCGAUGACUUCAAUUGGAGGCUUGAUAAAGGUACAACAUUUACAUCAUCUACAGGUCCAUCACGCGAUCAUACCCUAGGCACAAGUUAUGGACAAUACCUAACUAUUGAUUCCUCUUUUGAAACAACUGGUGAAAAAGCUCAAAUAUCUUCAACUUACUGGGCUCCUACACUUACUGGCAAAUGUAAAUUACGUCUGUAUUAUCAUAUGUACGGAUCUAAUACUGGAAGUUUAAAUAUAUAUACUAACUCUUCAUUGUCGCCUAUGAAAAAAGUUUGGUCCAAAUCAGGUGAUCAAGGUGAUAGUUGGUUAAGAGCUGAGGUCUCAUUCUUUAGUACAGGUUAUUUCUCAGUUGUUAUCGAAGCUACCGUAGGUGGUUCUAAAGGUGAUAUUGCCAUUGAUGAUAUAUCAUUUACGCCCGAUUGUAAAAUUUAUAAACCAACCGUUGCACCAAACACUACUAUUGCUGGUACUUUACCAACCCCAACACCUUCAACAGCUACUCAAUGUGCUAGCUGGAAUCAAUCAAAUUGUGGAGCUUGCACUUUUGAAACCAGUACUUGCGGAUGGAAAGAUAUCAGCUCUGGAAAUGAUAAAUGGAAACGAGCUAGUGCUGUUAUCGGUGGCCCAGCUUCAGAUCAUACUACUGGUUCGUCAUCUGGUUUUUACAUGUAUGUAAAAUCGCUUAGCUCUAUCUUCUUUGCUAGAUCAUCAGUAAUGAUCAGUAGUAAAUUACCACAAGCUUACGCUACAUGCAAAAUACAAUAUUUCUAUUAUCAAAAAAGUGGCGGAAGCUUAUCACUAAGCAUAAUAAGUAAUGGUGUUAGUACCAGUCUGUGGUCAAGAUAUGGUACAACAAGCAGAACUUGGAGGAAUAACACAAUUGGCAUAGGUUAUCGUGAUGCUGGCUUCCAAUUACGAUUCAGAUACCAGCCCCCAUUUUCGCCGCUGUUCGGCACUUCUAGUGUUCAGGCAGUCGAUGAUAUCUCGUUUAUGGAUUGCCGAUUUCCGCCACCGCAAGUCUGUAAUAUCGGUUCAUUCCAAUGUGCCAAUGGACUAUGUAUACAACCAUCACAAGUUUGUGAUUACUCUAACGAUUGCGGUGAUUACUCAGACGAGAAUAAUUGCAAUAAUUAUAAAAAACGAUGUAACUUUGAGUCGUCUAUGUGUGACUGGGCAAAUGAAGAUGAUGACAACUUUGACUGGAACAGAAAAUUUGGCGGCUCCUUCUCUUCGACAACUGGUCCUAAUUUUGAUCACACCUUAGGUACCUCUAAAGGUACAUACAUGUAUUCCGAUGCCAAUUUCGGUAAUCAACGGUACUCGGCCAAUCUUAGAUCAACUUUUUCGGUUUUACCCUCAACCAAUUGCAUGUUCCGAUUUUGGUAUCAUAUGUAUGGUAAAGAUAUAGACAGUUUAACUGUAUCCUUGCGUUCUGUAUGGCUAGGACCACUUACUCAAAUCUGGAAAAUGUCUGGUAACCAAGGUGAUAUCUGGCGAAAAGCAUCCAUUCAGAUUAAUGUCGCCAACGCUGCUCAAAUAGUAUUUACAAGCAAAAAUGGCAAUAGUACUAAUAGUGAUAUUGCAAUCGAUGAUAUUUCGCUCACACCAUCCUGCCAAAUAUCAAAUACACCAUUAUCAUUACCUAAACCAACCAGUCCUGGGUGUUCUACAGGACAGCAAAAAUGUACUACUAGCAAUACUUGCAUCGAUUCCAACUUAUUCUGCAACUUUAUAAAUAACUGCGGUGACCGUUCUGACGAAAACAAAUGCCCGGCAACAUGUUCAUUUGAGCAAGGAACAUGUGGUUGGACAGCACCAGCUAAAUCAGGUAAUUUAGUUUGGAUGCGUAACAAAGGAGGAACUCCAACAAAUAAUACAGGACCAUCCACUGAUCAUACUUCUGGUACUGCCAACGGUUAUUAUAUGUACAUUGAAAAAGACAACGGAAAUAACAAUGAUGAAGCUUACUUAGCCAGUCCUAUUUUCCGCAGUCCAAGUAACGCCUGCCAAUUUUCAUUCUGGUAUCAUAUGUACGGUAGUAGUAUUGGCGCACUAAGUCUAAACUAUGGCUCACCUACAACUUUAACAUCUAGACAACUAUGGACUCUAAGCGGUGCACAAGGUAAUCAAUGGAAAAAAGCUACUGUCCAGCUUCCUCCAUGUGCCUCCGGCUUUCAAUUAACAUUUACAGGUUCAACAAGAUUUGGUAGCACCGGAGAUAUUGCUAUUGAUGACUUACAGUUUUCUAACUGUGCUAAGCCAAGUCCACCAACUACAUGUCCAGGCUCUCAAAAGAAGUGCAAGAAUAACUAUUGCUAUGAAGCCAACCUAGAGUGCGAUUUUAAUAACGAUUGUUGCGACAAAACAGAUGAAACAUUGCUUGUGUGCUCAACAUACACCCGGUGUAACUUUGAAAAUGGAUUAUGCACCUGGUCUCAAGUAACAGGAAAUGAUGACUUUGAUUGGACCGUAGGCCAAGGACAAACCGUAUCAUCUGCAACUGGACCUAGCACUGAUCAUACUACUGGUAAUAUUUUAGGAAAAUAUCUAUAUGUUGAAGGCUCAUUCCCACAGAAAACUAACGAAACCGCAAAACUUGCAAGUGCCGUUCUAGUACCAGCAACAGCAUCUUCCGCUUGUACAUUAAGAUUUUGGUAUAACAUGAAUGGCCAAGACAUGGGCACACUUUCUGUCUAUUAUUGGACUACCUAUGGCGGGACAAUGACUCCUUUAUGGUCAAAAUCUCGUAAUCUAGGAGAUACUUGGUACAGGGUUUCUAUCCCUCUUACUAGCAACAAUAACUUCCAAGUUGUCAUUCAAGGUAGAGCCGGCCCAGGAUACGCAAGUGAUAUGGCUAUUGAUGACAUUAGCUUUACACCAGGAUGCAAAUUUGGUGGCAGUAUACCAAAUCUACCUACCACAGUGCCAAAGCCAACAGUUCCAGCAUGCAAUGGGUUUACAUGUACUACAAAUGGACAAUGCAUUAAGCAAAACCAAGUUUGUGACUUUAAAACUGAUUGCACGGACGGUUCCGAUGAAGCCAAUUGUGGCACAUGUACAUUUGAAAAGCGAUUAAUAUUUUCUGACGUUAAUUGCGGCUGGUAUAAUGGUAGCUCGGAUAACUUUGACUGGGUUCGUCACAAAGGAUCUACUCCUAGCUUUCAGACUGGCCCAGCUACUGAUCACACAUUGCAAACAUCAUCGGGUCAUUACCUCUAUAUCGAAACUAGUAAUGGAAUUAUCGGUAAUACUGCAGACUUAUACAGUUCUAUAAUCCAAUUUGCCCCAGCCACCUGCGUAUUUUCGUUCUGGCGCCACAUGUAUGGUGACUCAAUCGGCAAUCUUAAUGUAUUUGUUGCAACUACUAAUGGCACCAAGAUGGCACAAUUAUGGGGAAAAAGUGGCAGUCAGGGUAAUACGUGGCAGCAGACGAUGGUAUCGAUAGGCCGACGAACUUCGCCAUUUAGAUUGAUCAUGGAAGGUGUACGAGGUGCUUCAUUUGAUGGAGAUGUUGCAAUCGACGAUUUGAAAAUGAUUAAUUGUUCCGCACUUCCAACGUGUACUACACCUAGUAGUUCUCAAUUCAAAUGUAGUAUUAGUAACGGUUGUAUCUCGAAUGAUUUUGUGUGCGACUAUUCUGUUGAUUGCGGUGUUACUGACAACAGCGAUGAAUUGAACUGUGGAAACUAUCAACAACGUUGUUCUUUUGAAGCUGGUACUUGCGGUUGGACUCAAUUAGUUGACGACAAUUUUAAUUGGCAAAGAGGUGCUGGCGCAGUUGCUUCAUCCAAUACCGGUCCAUUCCGUGAUCAUACUUACGGUACUUCAUCUGGUUACUAUAUGUACAUCGAUGCUACUAGUAAAUCACCAGGUCAAAAAGCCAGAUUAGCCAGUAAACCAAUUUCAAUUAGCAGUAAUGGCAAUUGUAAAUUACGCUUCUUCUACAGCAUGUAUGGAUCUGGAAUUGGUACGCUAAAUGUUAAAACACGUACAAGUAUAGGGGGUAUAGAAACCACUGCUUGGACUAAAUCUGGCAAUCAAGGAGGAAAAUGGUAUAGAGCUGUUGUUCCAAUAUCUAGCAGUCAACCUGUGCAGAUUCUAUUAGAAGGUAUUAUUGGAGCAAACUAUCAAGGCGAUAUUGCUGUUGAUGAUGUAUCCUUAACUCCUGACUGUAAGCAAUACACUGGUACCUUCCCUGUUACGAGAACACCAAGAGCUACAACACCCACUUUAACUACUCCAACAAUUCGUGUUCCAAAUAAUUGUAAUAGUAAUCAAUUUGGUUGUUACUCAACUGGAACAUGCAUUCCUAAGAACCUUGUUUGUGAUUUUGUUAACGACUGCCAAGAUGGGUCAGAUGAAUGGUCUCAAGGUUGUUUCUCAUUGUGUACUUUCGAGAAUGGUAAUUGCAGCAUGACCGGAUCGAAUACUAACUUUAAUAAAGUGACAUUUAAAUGGAAAACGGUAGCAGCUUCUAUAGGUUUAGAAUCGAAAGGUCCAUCAACUGAUAAUACGCUCAAAACAGCUAAGGGACAUUAUGCAUUUAUUGGUGGAAGUUUUGGAUCAUCAUUUGGAUUACCCAAUUCUAACUCGAACGCAAAUUUCACAACUAAAACUUUCAAUUUUGCUUUCCAGGGUUGUGCGCUAUCAUUCGCCUAUUGGAUGCAUAGCUCAACUUCUGGCAUAUUAGACGUCUACCUUCAACAACAAGGUUUACCGGUAGCAACUAGGUUAAUACAAUUACGAGGUGACAAAGGUACAUCAUGGAAUACUGCAACAAUUGGGAUCGUUUCAAGACAAACUAAAUUCCGAAUUAUAUUUAACGCGCGUUAUUUUACAUCAUUUAACGGUGCUAUUGCUAUCGAUGAUAUUCGCUUUAAUAACUGUAGCCUACCACCGAUAGUAUCAUCAUGUCUACCAGGUCAAUUCCGAUGUAGUCGAGGUUCAUGCGUAUCUAACAAUAAACUAUGCGAUCUUACUGAUGAUUGUGGUGAUAAUACCGAUGAAAUUGGCACAAAAUGUCAAUCUUAUAGCAGAUGCGAUUUCGAGCAUGGCUUAUGUAAUUGGAGACAAGAUAACACAUCAGACAAUUUCGAUUGGACUAUGCAAACUGGUCCAACGCCUUCUUUUGCUACUGGACCAGAUCGUGAUCAUACCCUUGGCACUAUUGCUGGUCAUUACCUCUAUAUUGAAGCCUCAUCACAACAAUUUGGUGAUCGAGCAAGAUUAUUAAGUCGUAAUUUCCGCACAACAACCACUAAAUGUACCAUCCGAUUCUUUUACUAUAUGUAUGGAUCAACGGUGAAUACCUUGUCAGUAUUGAUGAGAACGCAAAUUAAUGGUCCAACAGUACAGUUAUGGUCCAAGAGCGGUAGCCAAGGCGAUUUAUGGCAUCGUGGACAAGUUUCUUUACCGGUAUCUAGUCACUUCCAAAUUAUAUUACAAGGAUCAGUAGGCGAUAGCCACUCAGGCGAUAUAGCAAUUGAUGAUAUAUCCACAACGCCAGAUUGCUUACCAUAUAGUCAAGCUUUACCUACUGCACCUACACCUCCAGUCACUGGCGCAACAACAUCUGGACCAAGUGCAUGUACUGCAUUACAAUUCCGUUGUCGUUCAGGCCAAUGUGUCGAUAAAAGUUUGGUUUGCAAUUUUAACAAUGACUGUAACGAUGGUUCUGAUGAAACAAAUUGCGUUAAUACUACUUGCAACUUUGAAAAUGGAAUGUGCGGUUGGUUGCCGGUAAGCAGCUCAACUGAUCCUAACCGAGUUAAAUACAAGUGGGAACGUCAUCAAGCUAAAACAUCAACUGGAGGUAGUACUGGACCCACUAUUGAUCACACAACAGGCAAAAAUACAGGCUGGUAUGCUUUCGCUGAUUCAUCGCCUGGAAAAUUUAAUGACAGAGCAUACCUGCAGACACCAACUAUUGGAUCAACAGGACAACAAUGUAGUAUUAACUUUUGGUAUCAUAUGAGUGGAUUUAUCACUGGUUCACUUAGUGUAGCAGUGCAAGUUGGAAAUACGGGUUAUAAUGUACUAUGGACUGAAGAUCUUGGACAAGGUAGUCAAUGGAAGAAUGCUGAAGUAAUCAUUGGCUUAAGGAGAAAUUACAAAGUUGUUUUUAUUGCUACACGUGGUGUAUCCUAUCAAGGCGAUAUCGCUCUUGAUGAUAUCACUUUUAAAAAUUGUAAACCUCCACCAAUUUAUAGUGUUUGUCCGCCAAAUACAUUUAACUGUACUGGAGGUUUGUGUGUCAAUAAUCAAUAUGUCUGUGAUUAUGGCAAUGACUGUGGUAAUAAUUUGGAUGAAACAACGUCAUGUACCAAUUAUGCAGUUGCCCGUUGUGAUUUUGAACACGGCUUAUGCUACUUUACCGAAAUGAGCCUGGGUACAACAUGGAGAAGAGAGCAAGGCUCAACUUUCGGUGCUAUCAAAACUGAUGCUACUCAAGGCUCUACUUCUGGUUAUUAUAUGAAAUUGAGGGACACAUAUCCAGCUAAUGCAGGUGAUAGUUCUCGACUUAUCACUAAAGUAUUCCAAGCAGCAGCACAAAGUGCAAGUUGCUCAGUGCGUUUCUUCUAUAUAUCACCGGGAACAUUUAUCGGCACACUUAAUGUUUAUAUACGAACAAGUUAUAACUCACCUAAUGGCUUACAGCGAAUUUAUACUACUAGCAACAAUACUAUUGCAUUCUGGAAAAAACUUAUCCUACCGAUUGCUACCUCUUCACCUUUCCAAGUUGUUUUUGAAGGAAUCGUAGGAAGACGUUACGAUUCUGAACUUGGCCUUGAUGGUGUCUCAUUUACACCUGGUUGUAAACCCGGUGGCACCAUUCCUGGUAUGCCAACUCCAACACCAACACAACCUGGCAGCUGUGGCGCCAAUCAAUUCACUUGUGCUAGCGGAGCUCAAUGUAUUGAUCGUGGAAAAGUAUGCAAUUUUAAUAACGAUUGCAAUGAUGGAUCAGAUGAAUUAAACUGUGGAUCGUCAUGCAACUUCGAAAACGGUUGGUGUGGUUGGUCAAGAACUCCAUACAAUUCAGGCAUGAAUUGGACCCUCACUCUAGCCAAUAAUACUAAUAACCCGAAUACACCAACUACUGACCAUAGCAAAGUCACCACUCCUGGCCACUAUUUAUAUGUUGUACCCAAAAGUAAUUAUAAUAAUAGAAUGGUUGCUAUGCUAGAAACGGUAACAUACGCUAACUCAGGGCAUGAUUGUCAAAUCUCAUUUUGGUACGCCAUGUCGAAAUCGCUUAGCCAUCGUUACAUUGGCGUUUACAUUGAAGACCAAGUCGAAACGAGAAAAUUAACUUACAUUAGUCAAGAUACCAAAAAUCAAUGGAAAAAGGCUAUCGCCAAUAUUGGUUCUCAAUCCAAAUUUAAGAUCAUACUUGCCGGUUCAACGCAAUAUUCUAAAACUUCUUAUGUGGCUAUUGAUGAUGUUCAAUUCAGUAAAUGUUUGACAGGUGCGUUUAUAAAUUUUUCUCUCAUUUAUAUAAGUGUACAAUGUCUUUCUAUUGAAUAUAAAGACUCACUCGUUUGGUAUUAA